GUUUGAGGACCAAUGCACUAGCCCAUGCUACCUUUCAUUCAUUCUAGGCCAACUUAAUUCAUCACCUGGAAAUUUCUCAGAACCAGCUUUGGAAAGAAACUUUCUUACCUUUUCCUCUAGUGUGGUGAUGACACUAUGGGGCAACACCAGCAGAGCACAAGCUCUGGCAGGUCCCACCACACAUUGGGUAAAGGUAAUCUAAUACAAAGAGUGCAAAAGAAAUAAGUGUGAAUUGUUAUUUUGAGUGGAAGAACCCAGGCCCUGAGGCAGAAGACCUGGUCUUGGACCUGUGCCUGCUUCAGACUUGCUGUAUGACUUCUCUCAGGCUACUGCGACUAAGAUGGACACACAAAUAGUACACAAUGGAACAUGCUGCCCAUGUGAGAGAGGUUUAGGCAAAGAGUGGAAGAUCCAAGAAGAGAGAACUUUCAGGAGGAAGAUUCUAGGGAUUGAUUCAUGGAGGAAUCCUGAGCCAAGCCCUGAAGGAUGGAUGAUGAGGGCAGGUAGAGCAUUCCAUUCGCAAGGAGCAAACAGCAUGAGCAGUGACACUGUGAUGGGGAAGGAAUUUGGGAGAGGACACUGGGUCCCCUUUCCCUCUUCCAGGGAAGGAAAUUCUCUAGGGUAGGCUCUGGGUCUGUGUUUGAUGAGCAAGCCUAUUCCCAGUGCUCCCAUCCCCCAGUCCCCAACUAGAAAGGCAAUGUUUCCUCUCCAUCUCCCAACUAUAGGAACUAGACCUGGGCAGGUAAUGGUCCAGGUCUCUAGAGCCUUCUAGUCUCCCCCCUACCCCCAACUCCAUCUCCAGUAUCUCAGACUGAUUAUCAGCUAGGGACUGAGGUCAGGUUUGCUUAGAGGAAGGGGAGAAAGGCAGAGACACAUCCAGAGGUAGUGAGACCUUAAAAGGGAGUGGUGGAGAGGGGAAGAAAAGACAGUAAAAGGGGGGGGGGGAGGGAAGGAAGAGAGGAAAAGGGGACAAGACAUUGGAGGAGGGAAGGAGGGAGAAGAGAGGGAUAAGGUAGGAAGAAGGGAAAGGAAUAAAAAGAAUAGUAAAGAAGGGGAAAAGAAAAAGGGAGAGGGAGAGAAAACUUUAGGAGAGGGGGAGUGAACGAGGAAGAGGAAGGAGGAUGGGAAGAAAAGAGAGGAAGAUAGAAGAGAAAGGAAAAGGAAGAAAAUAAGGGGAGAAAGAGGGGAAGGAAGAGAGAAGAAAAGGGGGGAGGGGAAAGAGAAACCGAGCCUGAGAGAAGUGGAGAGGGAGGGAGGGAGGGAGGAGAGAAAGGGAAGGCGAGAGGCAGAAGGAAGGGGAGAAGAGAGGAAAAGGGGAGAGAGCCAGAAAGAAGGGAGGGGGAAGAGAGGGAAAGAGGGAGAGAGCUAGAGAGAGAAGGAGGGAGGGAAGCAGCGAGGGAGGGAGGGGAGCUUGAGCAGAGCGGGCGGUGAGACUGCAGCGCAGCCGGAGCCACAGGAGCAGGAGCCACGGGAGCAGGAGCCAGGGGAGCAGGAACCCGAGCGGGGCCCCGGACGAUGCGCUAGUCGAGCCCGAGCUGCUGGAGCCGGACCCACCCCGGGAAGCCGCAGGAGCCGAGUCCCGGUCAGAGGACCUUUCAAAGAUCAUUAAUUGACAGUGGCUUAAUAAUCCCAUGCAUUAAUUCCUUCAGUGACCUGGGACAUAGUUCACCUGGGCUUUGUGACUGGUACUCAUCGAGAUCAGGAGCUCUAGCCACUGAAGAAGAUGCCGGAACAAAGCAACGACUACCGGGUGGUGGUGUUUGGGGCAGGCGGCGUGGGCAAGAGCUCCCUGGUCCUGCGUUUCGUCAAGGGCACUUUCCGAGACACCUACAUCCCCACCAUCGAGGACACCUACCGCCAGGUCAUCAGCUGCGACAAGAGCGUGUGCACCCUGCAGAUCACCGACACCACGGGCAGCCACCAGUUCCCGGCCAUGCAGCGCCUGUCCAUCUCCAAGGGCCACGCCUUCAUCCUGGUCUUCUCUGUCACCAGCAAGCAGUCCUUGGAGGAGCUGAGGCCCAUCUACCAGCAGAUCCUGCAGAUCAAAGGCAGCGUCGAGAACAUCCCGGUCAUGUUGGUGGGGAACAAGUGCGAUGAGACGCAGCGGGAGGUGGACACCAAGGAAGGGGAGGCCCUGGCCAAGGAGUGGAAGUGCGCCUUCAUGGAGACCUCGGCCAAAAUGAACUACAAUGUCAAGGAGCUCUUCCAGGAGCUGCUCACCCUGGAGAAACACCGCAAUAUGAGUCUCAGUAUUGACGGGAAGCGCUCCAGCAAGCAGAAGAGGACAGACAAACUCAAGGGCAAGUGUAGCCUGAUGUGAGGGGCCUCCUCGGCCCCCAGGGCCACCGCCACCACCUCCUCCUCUCCACGGGCCACCCCCUCCCCUUCCCCCGCUCUGUCCCACUCUUGGUCUUGCUCCGGAUGGCUCCGUGGCCCCUGUUUGGUCUCCUUCUGUCUUCCUGUCAUCUCUAGCUCUCUUUCUCGCGGAUGGCCUCUCUCUGUCUUUCCUCUUUAUCUGUCUCUAACUGUCCCUCUCUGUUCUCAUAGAAGCCCCAGAGCUCGAAGGGCACUCAGAAGUCAUUGAGUUCAACCCGUAUCUGAACAGAAGCUCCCUCUAGGACGCCCCUCUCAUGUGGUCAUCCAGCCUCUCCCGGGUCAGCAUCUCGGUCUCUUUUUCCCACUUCUCAGUUCCUGUCAGUGUCUCUGCUUCUCUUUGUUUUUCUCAUCUCCUUUUCUAGGUUCACACGUGUUCAUGCGUGGGCACGUGUGUGCGCUCGUGUGUGCGUGUGUACAUGUCCAUCUUUCUUGCCCUGAGUCUCUCCAUAGGCCUCCGGGCCAGGCCACCCACCCCUACAUUUGAUCACUGUGACUUGGGGGGCUGAAAUGCACAUUGACCUCGCACUUUUCUUUCUCUUUUUUGACCAUGGAUGGCCCCUUCCCUCCUCCUCUGCUCCAUGGGCCCGGCUACGUUUCCCCCUCCUCCCUUUGGUACCGGGAGGCAUGCGAUAGGGAGGCCCAGCGGACUGCUCUCCCUGGCCUUUGAGACAAUAGGCAAUAAAGAUGAAGCCCCUCCAGCCCAGCCAGGCCCUAAAGCUGCCCUAGGCCUCCCCCCUCUCUGGCCCUUGUAGAUCUGGCCAUUGGCCCCAGGACUGAGGAGCGAGGCCGAGGGGGCUUCUAGGCAGGAGCCAGACCGUCUAACAGCCCAGCACAAUUCCAGGUCACCGCUGCCCCCCUCCGUCCCCCCACUCAGGUUGUACGGGAGUGUCCCUGAUCCCAGCCUCCCCCUCACAGGGCUCUACAGGGUUCCUAGCGCUGUGAGUGUGUCCUGGGAAGGACCCGAGGAGUGGGGGGUCACUGCUCCCUGACCCCGGGAGGGUGGGGAGGCAGGAGCCAUCAGCACAACCCCAGCAUCCCCUCGAGGGGCCAGGCUGGGCCCCCAUCUCAGAGAUGGCUGGGGAAGGCACAUUCAGUGGAUUGGACUUGGGAGAGGGAGCAUUCGCUUCCCCUCCCAGGGAGCCCUGACCCCCCUAGGAAGAGGAAGAGAGAGGAUAGAGUGACCCCAAGGCCUUGGCAUUGGUCGGAGGGGUGUUUGUGGCUGGAUGCAUAUGGGUGAGUGUGUUAGUAUAUGUAGAUACGCGUGUCUCUGUGUUCAUGUGUGAGAUGUCUGUGCAGGUGGGUGUAUGCAGAUGCGUGAGAAUAAAUCAAGGAGGUGUGUGUGUGCGCGUGUCCGUGCAUAGAUGGAGGGGCAGCUACCUGGAGGGAAAGCUGACAGACUUGGGGGUCAAGCUGGAGCCCUGCUCCUUUCCCCGGCGAGGGCCAAUUUGCCCCUUCAGCCCCCUGCUGCAGGCAGCAUUUCAACCCCUGGCAUGCAGCACCCCCCCAGCUGGCGUUGGCUCUUCCCAAGAAGGAAUGGGGUGAGGUGAGGGAAAGGUGAGCGGUGAGCUAGGGGACUCUCUCCUCUGAGGGUGCCUGCCCCAGCAGGGGCUCUGGCACCAAUCCUCAGGGAUCCACCCUGAUAGCACAAUUACUAUCCCCCUGCCAGGCCCAGGGCUUGAGGAGGCGGAAGUGAGCAGCCAGGCCCUGCCUUGCAGUGGGUGUGUCUACUCACUUCUCUCCAACCAGACCCCCCCCCCCCCCAGACCCCCUGAGACAUUACCAAGCCCCUCUUCUCCUCAGUGCCCAGAGCAAACCAUGUUGUCCCAUCCUCGCCUUCCUGCGCACUUUCCUCUUCCUUUUCCAUAUCACUUCCUGGGUCCAAUAUGGAAAUCCCAGGAGAAAAAGGAAAUAGACAGGCCUGUUUGGAAAAUAGAUGUCUAGGCUUGGCCAGCCUAAGGGAUCCAGCUGAGGGUGACCAGAGAAUGUUAGAGCUAGAAGUCACUUUAUAGACCAUCUGUUCCAAAACCUAUAUUUUACAGAUCAGAAAACUGAGGCCCAGAGAGAAUAAAGGAAUUGCUUAAAGCUACACAGCAAGUUAGGGCCAGGGCAGAGAGAGCGGCAAUAUGCCCUUCAGGGGUGGCAGUCCCAUGGAGCACAUGGAUCUCCCUCUCCCUGUCUCUGGGCCCCUCAAGGAUUGCCAGAGGAAGGGACCAGGCCCUCCCAGAUCACACACUGGGACCAGGGCAAGACCAAGAGUCUGGGAUGAGCAUCGGUUCCACAUCCCUCCGUAGGCAUGUGGUCUGGGCAAUUCCACCCGGCCCUGGCUGCUGUGAUGCUAGAAUACUGUCUGGUGCUCUGGAUUGAGGCCUUGGCCCCCUCCCCCAACCCUCUGUAAUGCCUCCCCCAUUCCGUGCCCCAGACAACUCCCCCAAGCAUGUGGACACCCCCUCCUACAGUGCACCCCUCUUUUUUAAGAGUCCAAUGUAGCCUUCACUCUAGAACUAGUCUUCCUCCAAUAAAGACAUGGCUCCUCCAUCUGCA